UUUGAAAUUAGGACCUGUCUGACUACUCGCAGAUCGCGUGAUCGACUAAUCACAUGAUUUUCUACCUGACCAUUGAACAAAGUCAUUCCUACUACAUUUCAAUUAAUAUUCAAAUAUAUAUUUUUUUUUGUAAUAAGGCUGCCUGGAAUAUACUUAGGUAUGACUUAUGAUAGGGGUUUAGAAAUUUAAGGAUUGUUGGGGAUUCGGGGCCUGGAGAGAUUGGCAAUUGGGCCUCCGUUCCUCUCUCACAAGACGAAUUACAACGCAAGUAUUGUUUCACGUCGGUUUCUGUGAGGCCGUGGUAUUAUUCCGGUCGUGCCGGUCCAUUCUUGCCGAAAGCAUGGGACUCCCACACUUAAAAUUGCAAAUAGUGUAUUUAUUGUUACCAAUUUUAAGAAUGCUGUGUUCAAAUAUUUUGAAAGGAAACAUUAAAGUAAACCUGCUUUCACUUAACAUUCGUUAGUUCUGUCUUUUCAGUUAUUUAGUACCUACUUGUGGCAUUUUUGAUAAAAUAUCUCUUUCCUGUGUCCUUUGUUUCAUUAAGUACUUCAUGUUGGUGUAAUGACUAACCUACUUUGUAUAAUGAAAAAAAUAUAUGUAUCAAGUCACAAUAAUAUGUCGUAUUGUUGUCAAUAUUGACAAUUUAUGUAUUGAGAAUUGAAAUUUAUUUUUUGUUUUCUAAACGAACUAUCGUGUUAAAAAUAAAAUGUCAAAAAUAGCGAAGAGUGCUAUAAAUUGGGUAGAACUGGAGAAACGAGUGCCACCAGAAGAGAAGGUUAAGUUUUUUGCUUUCAAAGCUAAAUCGGAUGGAUACGUUCGACGCAUGCAGGCAUCACCUCCAGAGCCUCCUAAAAUAAACUGGGAAGAAUAUCAGAAACUAGUUCCAGUACCAGGCCUCGUAGACAAGUUCAAGACGGAAUACUCUUCAUUCAGGGUCCCAUAUCCUGAAGAUACUUUCUCCGCUGAGGUGGACAAAGAAUGGAAAAAGUUGGAAUCUGAAAUAGCGAAGUACAGUAACAAAAUGAAAGAACAUAUUGCUAAGGCACAAAAAGAAAUUGCAGCAAUUAACGCUCUUCCUAAAUUUGAAGAUAUGACGAUGGAAACGGUGCAUGAUAUGUAUCCAGAGAUAGCACUAGAUCCUGUGAAUAAUCCAACAUUUUGGCCCCACACCGACGACGAGCAACUGGGCUAUAAAGACCCCAUGCAGAAAAUUGACUUCCCCAAGAAAUAAAUGCCUUCCCUCCGCUACCUCGCUCUGAAUACAAAACAACAACUAUUAACGUCUUCGUGCCACUUCGGUGGUUAAAUAUAUUAUUUUUUCAAUAGAAAAUUUGUAUUCUUUACCUCCAUUUUGCUAUGUCCAUUGAUAUUCAGUAUAUUCGAAGAAAUAUUUAACAGAUUUACAUAAAUACGGAAUGUAUAAAAUGUUUUGAAUGGUUUUCUUGGUAAUAUUGUUCACAUGCACGAAUGCGUGGAGCAAAACGUUCUGGCGGGCGCGGGCCGGUGGACGAGCGUCGCUUCGCCUCAGGCCAACUGCAAACAUCGCGUGACUUAUUGUUUUUUGGUUAGGGUUACUGGACAGUCGAUAAUCGGGUCAAUUACUGUCGCCAUACAGAGCAGCACCUGGCAAAUUAGGGAUGAACGUCCUCGUUUAUUUACAUGCCAAGUUAUCAUCAAAGUGAAACCUCGAGGAAUGUUCCGGAAUCUGAAUGGUUAGUCGUUGCAUCUUUCUUGCAGUGGCAACCCUGUGUGUCGCAUUAAAGGGCUGCACUCCGUCUAAAUAUAGUGUCGUGUUCAGGGUCGCCGCGGAUACACCGGCCAACAAGUUGUGCGAGGCAAAUUAUGAUUGAUGAUAGGUUUAGAUUUCACCCAGACUUGUUUCACUUUAAUUAACAUCGGUAGAAUAAUUUAUCCGUAACAGUAUGCGGAGAACGAGAGCUAUUUUAGGGUUGUAGUCAUUAAUCGUUUUGUUGAACUUCUGAAUCGAAAUAAAGUUAUACGCAGAUAAGUUUGAUUUAUAGUUUUGCUUUCGCUUUGGAGACAUGAUUUGUAUUUUAUGGACUUGAGAGUCUGAGUUAAAAGUCAAUUGUUGUGAAAUUAACAAAUGAUCAUUAACUACUAAAAUCAGUACAAAAGCUGUGUUAUUGAAUGAAGCUCGCACAUGUGUGGGUGCGCAAGCACAGUCGGUUGCAUUUGACGCGCACUAACUGUUCCAGCCAGACGCCCGCGCCUCUUCCGAGAAAACUCGCUCUGUACGAUUUCAUUAUAACCCGCGCUAUAAUAAGUUCGACGCCCAACUAUAUUGCAAUUUGAUAGCGAACCGAUGGAACGAGUCCAGAGAAUUUAAUUAGCUCUUUUUUCUGUAUCCACAGUUUGCAUAAAAUCUAACGUUCAAUUAUUUCGAAACAUUUAUUUAGUUCAUUCAAAAUUGUUCAUCCUGUAUGUCUUUUCAUACCAAAACCUUGUAAACAUUAUUUACUACUGCAUCAUAGUAAGUACUAAAUUCCUAUUACAGUAGUAGAUAUAUACUAUCCACUGGCUAACAGGAUACGCUACCGGCUACCCCUUUAAACAUCCUCUUCUAUGUUUUACAAAGUUGCUUACAGUGAACCACUCAAUAAUAGGAAACGAACUCUUUCAUUGAAUCAACAAACACUAAAGAGUUUCAUACAAUCGUUUAAAAAGUUCGUCGUCUGUUGUUCUAAAAUUAAAACUGUAACAUCCCUUUCCGUUUCCUCAACGUUUUAGGACCGCCAACGAUAAUCGCAGAUCAAUCGACACUUGUAGAACUUCGGAUAUCCGUAAACGAGAAAAUGAGGCAUGCAAAGAUCAGAGGAACAGAUCAAUAAAAAUGUUAAUUGGUAUCGAGAAAUGUCAUUCAUAGUGCACGAUUCUAGGACGUGUCACGAACUUCUAACACAUUGGUGCGUCUCCUUGUAAUGCAGAAAAUAUGUAAAUACUAAGUAUAUGCUUCAUUGAUCAAGUGAUUGACUUUCAUUCGAGCAAAAAAAUUUCUAGAGAUUUUCUAUUUGUAAAAAUUCUCAUGGUUUUGUUAUGGUAAGGCAAAAAAAGGUGUGUUAUUUAAAAUGUCCAUCUUUACAAAUAUAAAUCACUUACAUAAUUUCGUAAAAGGGGCGUAAAAGGCGUAUUAAGAUUCUACGACAUGUCUAAAACAUCUAUCACAUAGCUAAGCAUCUCAAGUAAUGCAGAAAUAUGUAAAUCUAAACAAAAUCUCGCUCGCAGAUCCUUAUCAAGUCAAAUCCAUCAUCACGUCGUCAUCAAAGAACGUGGUUUGCUUGGAAACAGUACACAAUAUAACACACAAGUUGAGACCUACAUUCCUACAUACAACUAAAGAUUUUACGCGAUAUCCGGUAAAGUAAUAAUAGUAUUUAGAAUCGGGACUUCGUUUUCUAAAAUGCUUUGUGACGCGUUUUAUAUGUAUAAAGAGUUGGAUGAACAAUAGAAGUCUUAUGAAUAAUCGGUUAGUUGUAAAUUUUAUGUAGAUUUUCUUACGCGGUCUUGAUUAGUAAUUUGGUCUGAGGAAUGUCCUAUCUUAAACUGAACCUGAAUAAAUACGAUACACAUUACAUCUAUCCGAAUGAAUCAUUCCAGGCAACGUUACGUUGGAAAAACUCGUUAGAAAAUCUGGUCAUUAUUGGGUGCAAACAGACAGUAGAAGUAUUAGAUUUUCUCUUUCUUAAUUCGUUCACAAUGAGUGUUAGCCAUAUGCCGCGUGGGUGGAUGUGGAAAGGGUGAGGAACGGCCACCUGUUACUGGUUCGCUAUAUUUAGUAACUCCUCGUCCCCCUUCCCCUUCAGCCAUUCAUAACUCGGUGACUAAUGUGUGAAGCUGUAUGUAAAAUGCACUGCUUGCUCUAACUACGCAACUUCGCAUUACACUCCAUUGUUUACCCGUUUACCCAAAGCUUUUAGGACACCGUCAUAACAGGAACCACUGUCAAAUUCGUGUUCCGGCGAAUAUCCGGCGUUUAAUUUGAUCGUAAGUAGUUCAUGUUUGGGGUAUUACUGCAAGAUUCUAUUUACGUAAAACUAGAACUCUCUGGGCAAGUGCAUCAUCAGUUUUUUUGUUUCUAUUAAGAUUAGUCAGAACAACACGUGUGGCUGUAUAGACCAUCACAUCAAACUGCUUCAUUUUGUCUCAUUUCUUUAAUGGAUUUCCAUCUUUAUUGUUGUAGUGAUAAAAUCAAAUAUCUAUUUAAUCAUUUGACAUAUUGCAGCAGGUCCAUGUAUUACCAUCUGUGCAAUAGUCUUGGAUGUGACUGUCUUUCAGAAUGAUAUUAAAACAGAUUUUAUGAACGAAUAUUUUUUUUUUGUCUAUUGUAAGAUAUUGAUGUAUUUUGGAACUGUGAUUUCAUUUCAUUGACUCUGACGUCUAAUCAUUAUAUAUGAGUCAAGUCUUAAAUUAUUUUGUAUAGGUACUUUUGCAGAAGAGAUCUUCAUUUUCAUGCUGCGUGAUAUGAUCACAUGACUGAUAUGGUUUCUAGGAAUUUCCAUCUUCGGGAAAACCAAUGAUCAAAAUUUCGGGAUCUGAUGACGUUUGUGAAUCAAGAUAAAGACUUUGGAUGUUUGGAUGUGAAGACUUUAUAUAGCUACCCAUAAAUCUAUAUACGCUGUCGAUUUCAUAGAUCUGCCUUCAGUUUGCGGACCUGACAAAGGUUGCAAAGUCGCUGGAUGCAGGUUUCUUUCAACUGACCGAUUUGUCCAUUUGUGAGUCAUUGAGGAAAGUCUAUGUUCAGCAGUAGACAUCGACUGCACUAUCCUCAAAUAUAUCAACGUUGUAACAAAGCAAGUUCAGUUUCAGUUCGAAAGAAAAUAACGAGGACAUAUAUAAGGUGCACACAUCAGCUACUGAACACAGAAUUCGACACACACACACACACACCCAAAUUGAGAAAGAACAUUAAAACUAUUAUGUCAACAUACUCCCAACAUCGAACCUACCUCACAUAACAAAAGUCUAAUAUAUUUCUGUUCGUUAUUGAACGUAGAUUCAAAUGAGAACCUUGGCCUACACGGUGCGAUGUGACACCCACUUGUAAUGCAACGCGAACGCACACAAAGAAAAGCCGCUGAAUAAACAUUUACACGAUUACUUAGCUGUUUGAUACAGUGAUCUUUAAAAGUAGGUGAGUACUUCGAUAGAGAAUUAUUUGCUUGUUAGUAAAUGCUAUUGUUUAUACUUAAUCCUUACGUUUUACAAAAUACGUACGUCUGUGUCAACGGUGAAGGAAAAUAUCGUGAGGAAACCUGAACUUAUAAU